AAAGUCAUAAAGAGUGAGUGUGCGAGGGAGAGAGAGCGCGCGCUCGAGCGCGAGAGAGAGAAAGCUGGCACGAGCCGGGCGCUUGCUGUUUGGACACGGAGGAGUGCAGAGCGAGCAGAAGCGACAGAGCAGGAGAAGUGAAUGGAUGGAAUGACCCGUGAGGAGGAAAGGAGUGCCAAGCGGAUGCACCCACUGCGCGCGAAAAGAAAAACAAGCGCAGCGGCAAUUAAGCCACGAGAAGCGAAGCAAAGCGCACAUGCGGAGCUGAUUCAGACGCUCGCGCUCUUUCAGACGCAGAAGUGAAGACGUCCAGACGACGGUAAAGGACGCGAGGGGAAGGACCGAACGAGCUUUGAUUGACAUGACAAGGAGGCGGGGCGCGAAAACAAUUUUUUGACUUGAUUGUUUUGGAAAUCUGGACGGAUAUUUUUAGCGAAGAGGCACAAACAAGAACGGAAGAUAAAAAUGCUGUAGCCGGAAAAGAGAGGGAUGGGAAAAGAGACGCUGAAUUUGGACUAUGUCAGAACCGAUUCCAGAUCAGCGGCGUUCAGGCUUCCUUGCAGGCAAGAGUCACUGCUGUGUGUAUUGAUGUGUGUGUGAAGUACGACCUCUCUUACAUCAUGCUUACAUCCACGUGAAAGAUGCUCUGGCUAAAAGUCACCACUGGACCAUCAAACGGAGAACAAAGUAAAAAAAAAUAUGAAUGAGUUUUGGAGUGUGCACGUGAAAACGGCUAGCUGUGGUGUCUUUUUUAGCUAGUGUUUCGGGGACCAUCAAAAGACCCAGGAGGAUUUCACCUCAGGAGGAUUUCAACAGGAUCCCUUCCUGCCUCAUUCAUCCGGACUCGCUCUCCUGAACUACAACAGUGGCUUUGGAUAUUGCAGACUGUUCCUACCCAGACAAACUGUGGGCAUUUUGAUCAGGUGGACUGAGAGGGGGCUCAGUUGAGAGAGAGAGAGAGUUUUAAAGUGUGUGUGUGAGAGAGAGAGAGAGAGAGAGAGAAAGAGAGAGAGAAAGAGAAGGAGAAGGAGGAAAUAGCCUGGGGAUUUCGCCUAAGGGCUUCUAUAAAGUUGCCAGUGGGUAUGAAGACACGUACAUUUUGGUUAGCAUAGAGAGCUGUGUGUCCAUUUAUGUGCAUUCAAAAGCUUGCAUAGGUUUUACAUUAUAUUAAAGUGGACUAUAAAGUCCAAGUCCAUUGAAUUGUUUACUUUGAUCUAACCUUGAGGGAAUUAUGUGUAGGUGUUAGAAUAGCUUACUGAGGGCUUGUGGGUUGUUCCUGUUUUUUUUUUAUUUUAAGCUAGAUCAGUAUUUAGGUGGUCAGUAUUGUGGCUCUCUCUGUCCUGCUGGAGCCCCAUGAGGGCCCCGGCCGUGGAGGCCUGGCUGGGAGAUGAAGCCGUCCCCCCUGCUGCUCUAGCAGCUCUGUGGGCCCUCAUGGCUCUGGAAGGCCGCUGCCUGCGCCCUGCUUCACCCUCACCGGGCCAACGCAGGGCCCGUCGUCGGUCCGCCCGACCUAGAGCAUCACAAGGUGGUUUGUCCCGCCUCACCGUCACCCUCCUGACACAGACUCGCCUCCACGGUUUACGGCACGUCUGUGCCCCUUCGAGUUCUCUCAGCCGUCGGGCAUUCUGGAUGUUAGCGUUCUGUACUUCUCUGGGUCUUCUGUUGUCUUGGUCAUCAAAUCGCCUACUUCACUGGCUAGCCUUCCCCACGCACACAAGAGUCCACACAGAGUGGGCGAGGGAACUCGCCUUUCCGACAGUCACCAUCUGUAACAAUAACCCUGUGCGCUUGUAUCACCUCACCAAGAGUGAUCUGUACUUUGCGGGUCACUGGCUCGGACUACUGCUGGCCAAUCGCACAGCCAGGCCCCUGGUGUUGGACCUGCUUCAAGAUGACAAGCAGGCCUGGUUCAGCAAGCUGUCAGAUUUCCGUCUUUUCCUGCCACCACGACGUUUUGAGGGCACCAGCUUGGACUUCAUGGACCGACUGGGUCACCAGCUGGACGACAUGCUGCUGGGAUGCAAGUACCGUGGAGAACCCUGCGGAGCUCACAACUUCUCUACUGUUUUUACACGCUAUGGGAAGUGUUACACGUUCAACGCUGUAGAAGAAGGCAAGACUUUGAGGACCACAAUGAAAGGAGGUACAGGCAAUGGCCUGGAGAUCAUGUUGGACAUCCAGCAAGAUGAAUACUUACCUGUGUGGGGGGAAACAGAAGAGACAGCGUUUGAAGCAGGUAUAAGGGUGCAGAUCCACAGUCAGGCGGAGCCUCCUUUUGUUCAUGAACUGGGUUUUGGAGUCGCCCCGGGCUUUCAGACCUUUGUGGCAACCCAGGAGCAGAGACUAACCUAUCUUCCACCUCCAUGGGGCGAGUGUGUGACCAGAGCCCUGGAAUCAGGCCUCUUCGAGGUGUACAGCGUCUCUGCCUGCCGAAUAGAGUGUGAGACGCGCUACAUCGUAGAGAACUGCAACUGCAGGAUGGUCUACAUGCCUGGUGAUUCUCCAUAUUGCACACCUGAGCAGUAUAAAGACUGUGCUGAACCUGCUCUCGCUGCUUUGUCGGCUGUUGAAGGCACUAACUGCAUCUGCCGGAGCCCGUGCAACAUGACCCGAUACAACAAAGAGCUCUCCAUGGUUAAAAUCCCCAGCAAAACCUCUGCACGCUACCUGGAAAAGAAGUUCAACAAAUCUGAGAAGUAUAUCACGGAUAAUAUCCUAGUACUGGAUGUGUUCUUUGAAGCUCUGAAUUAUGAGACAAUAGAACAGAAGAAGGCUUAUGAAGUGGCAGGUCUACUAGGUGAUAUUGGUGGUCAGAUGGGCUUGUUCAUCGGUGCAAGCAUCCUUACCAUUCUGGAGCUCUUUGAUUAUGCGUAUGAGGUGGUGAAGGAGAGACUGUUGGACAUGUUAAACCGAGAGGAGGAGGAGGAGAGCCGUGGAGAGGAUGUGAGUACCUGUGAUCCUGUGGUGAACCAUUCGGAAACAAUCAGUCACUCGGUCAGCGUUCCUCUACAGACCACCCUGGGCACCCUAGAGGAGAUCGCCUGUUGAGUGCAUUUACUCUCAACACCACCAGGGGGAGACAUGAAAUUUGCCUGGCUUAGGAACCAUGGGGUUAAGGGUAAGAGAAAACAAGGAAAAGAGCUUAAGUUUCUUUUUCUUUCUCUAACCUUUCAAACGGUUGUGAUAUCAUUUGGUGCAAAAAAGACAACUGGAAGCCAAUGAGCUUCUUAAGCAACACGAGGACCUCGAAGUUUCUCACAAACACCAUCUGUUUGUUCUGGACUGAUGGAGAAAAUCCGAAGCUUGUGGACCUGUCAGGACAACCCCUUGUAAACAAACACGAGCAUGUGGGAAACUGCAAAUGCGUAAGGCCUCAGUAUGUCCUCACAUUCUGCCCGGUCGCCAUUUUGAAGUCUACUGCCAAAAACACUGUAAAUUAUUAACCACACAAAAUGUUGUGAAACUGUUCUAACUGUGCACGUGUCGAUUUCAUGCGUUACAAUGCAGUUUUCUCAAUCGUCAUCCUCUUCGCACACACAAGACUGAACUGGCUCCUUGUGCUGUUUGUUUGUUUGCUAUGUGUUUCUGCAUCUGAAUUGGCUUGUUGAACUUGAGGUAUCAUUGAUGCAUUAUAAAAUCGAAAGCCUUUUUUCCUUAUUUUUAGCGCAAACUAAAAUGGGCUGCACUGCAAUGGCAGCAAAUGUGAGCAUAUUGUGGCUAUGAAUGGCUCUUCAAGUAGAUUUAAGAAGAGAGAGGGUGACGAAUAAACAGAAAAGAGAGGGUUUUGCAUAAGAUUAUACUGAUGCAGCCAGCAGCUUUAAUAUCAUCAAAUGAGAGCAAAAGUAUUCAUUUUUUACUUCGACCCUCUAUAUCGACCCUCUAGUUAGAUACCGGAAAUGAUCCUACAUACACUUUAUUAAGGCUCUCAUUGAAAAUACAUCAAAGCACUUAUGUUCAGUUAUGAAAAGCCCUCUAGAUCUUAAGCAGACAACCGUCAUGAUGCUACUUACCUGACCAUCUUUUAACAGGAAUAUAGCAGGUGUGAAAAGUUUUGAGAUUUAUCAUGCCAACUCAUAUUAACAGUCUUUGUCCAAGUCAACUCAUGAGUCCAGCUUUUUAUGUGUGCUGAAAUUUGUAAUACUGUAACUGUUACAUUAUCUAAUAUUUACUAUGUUGCCGCAGUGUUCAUGGACGAUAGCCAGUUCAAAGAGGUGGUUGUGUGUUUUUUUUUUUUUUGGUUUCUUACUAAAUAAGGUUCUUGGAUCAAUAUAUAUACUUUGAAUGAACGCUCAAUUGACCCAUUCAUUCUUCAGUAUGUACAGUAUUUCAGCCACAAUUUAUUAACUAAAGAAAAAACUAUUCGUGCAGAACAUACUUUAAAAAGAUGGUUUGUCCCGGGUGAGAGAGCGAGUGAUUGCAUUUCUGAAUUUAACAUGCUUCACUAUAAUGUCUACUGGCACAAAAUUGGCUACAAAAUAAAAGCUUGUCAAAGUUUACGUGUUAACAUUGUAAGGGAGGAUUUUGAACAAAUUGUUAUGGGACGAAAAGUCCCCUCACAGAUCACAGCAGUAACACAGCACAUUUGUCGACAAGCUCUCAAAUAUCACAAAUAAAUAAUAAAAAUUUGUUUAAAAAUUGCAGGAUUUUAUUAAAUCAUGGGCCACCUUGUCCAGAUAUGGUAUUUUGACAUUAGAGAUGUAAGAGGAUGCAAAUAUCUGUCAUACAGUAAAUAUCCAUGUUAAGCUAUUUUUAUUUAUAUGUUAUUAGUAGUUAUUACUUCCAUCCAUCCUUCGGAGGUAAGGCCUGAUUUAAAGGUGCAAUGUGGGAUCUCUUGACAGAAAUGCAAUAUAAUAUACAGAAGUAUAUUAUCAGAGGUGUAUAAAGACCUUUAUUGUUUUUAUUACCUUAGUAUGAGCCGUUUUUAUCUAUAUACACCGCGGGUCCCCUAACAUGGAAGUGUGUCGCCAUCAUGUUUCUACAGUAGCCCUAAACGGACAAACUGAACAGAACGGGUUUCGUCCCUUCGAUGUCUGAGUCGAAGACAUGUUUGUCCUGUACACUGCAAAAAAUGACUUUCUUACUUAGUAUUUUUGUCUUGUUUUUAGUGGAAAUAUCUAAAAAUUCUUAAAUUAAGAUGCUUUUUCUUGAUUAGCAAAAUGACUUAAAGCAACACUAUGUAGUUUUUUUACCUGUAAAUAAUGUCUCUAAAAUUAUUUCAGUGAUAGAACAACUUUUAACUGGAUAAAUUGUACUGUUGCUGCAACCUGAGCAGCCUCCUAGCUGCUACAAGCACACUCUGAAAGUGGCGGUGGAGGGUAGGAAACACAGCCCCUCCCCCUGCCUGCAGAAGAGUGUCUGAUACCAGGCACUGUUGCGCUUUUCAACCACAUGGGGGAGCUGUUAGUCAUUUUUACAUGGAAACUAAGAAAAUAAGUUUAGUUUAUAGACAAAAACUAUACAAUGUAAGUAAAUUCAAACUUAAAACAAGCAAAAAUAUGUGCCAAUGGGGUGAGAAAAAAAUCUAAAAAUAAGUUAUCUUUUUUCUUAAACGCUUCAUUUAGGCAAAAUUUUCUCACCCCAUUGGCAGAUAAUUUUGCUUGUUUAAGCACAAAUUCCCUUAAAUUGUAUAUUUUUUGUCUAAAAACUAGACUUAUUUUCUGAAGUCAUUUUGCUCAUCAGAAAAAUACAUCUUGAUUUAAGACUUUUUAGAUAUUUCUACUGAAAACAAGUCAAAAAUACUAAGUAAGAAAGUCAUUUUUAGCGACUACCGUAGCUUCUCAUUGUGUUUUAAAAUUGAGGCUAGCUACAAUUCGCAAUCUCACCUCUAGAUAUCGCUAAAAACCCACACUGGACCUUUAAUCCCAAUGUCUCCUAAUCCAACCAUAAUGUUAAGAGUGGAAACACUAUAGUUUUGCACAGAGAAUAAAAUAAUGAAUGUGUGCUAUAUGUCGCCAAUGUUACUGUGUUAAUACAGACACACGUUGCUUAAUGUAUGUCACGUUUUGUUCAAUGAAAACAGUGUUGGGUGGUACAUGCAGAUAUCAAGUCUGGAAACGUCUUGCAGAGUUUUUGCAAAUUUGUAAAGUAUGCUAUCUGUGAGAAUGUAGAUUUUGUAACAAUAGACCAGAUUUGUUUUCAGAAUUCAAUUUACAAAGUUUCAUCAAAUAUAAUAGGCUGUGGAGGAUAAACAUGUCUUAUCUUUUUUUUUGUUGUCUUAAAUUGUGAUUUCUAAAUCUGUAACAAAGCCUCACAGGGUUUCAAGAUGAAAAAAGAACAUAGAAGAAAGAUAAUGAACAGACACGCAAUAAAACGUAAAAAAUCUGCAAUUCUGAUCUCACGGGAAUUCGCACUUUUUUACAAGUUGGCUAAUUUGUAUGAAUUCCUACGAAGUGAAUCAUACAGACACAUAUGAUUAUCUAAAAAAAAUCAUAUCAAAAUCGUACAAAAAUGUUUAAAUGAACUCACAAAUUAGCCACCUGGUAAAAUACGUAUGAAUUUUGUUGAAUAUUACAGCAUCCGUCUUAAAUGCACACAAGUUUUGGAAAAUCCCUCAUAAUAAAAAAUAAUUUAGAAUUCUCUUUCUUGCUAUGUUGCUAUGAAACACCAAAGGGGUGUAACAUCAACUUUGAUAUUUUCUCAUUAGUGGAAACCAGACAGGUUGAUGGUUUCCAACCCUAAGGGUAUUUGCUUCAGUACCUCAGACUUUAGAGAUAAAAAACAAUAAAAGCUAAAUGGAUUACAACUUC